GUGUCACAAAGAUGUCUACACGAAACUGCCAGGGAAUGGAUUCAGUGAUCAAACCUCUGGAUACAAUUCCUGAGGAUAAAAAAGUCCGGGUUCAGAGGACACAGAGUAGUUUUGAUCCAUUUGAGAAACCAACUAAUCAAGUGAAGAGGGUUCAUUCAGAGAACAACGCUUGCAUUAACUUCAAAACUUCAUCUGCAGGGAAGGAAUCACCUAAAGUCAGGCGGCACUCCAGCCCCAGCUCUCCUACAAGCCCCAAGUUUGGAAAAGCAGACUCAUAUGAAAAACUGGAAAAACUAGGGGAAGGGUCCUAUGCUACAGUAUACAAAGGGAAAAGCAA